AUGAGCAUUGAGGAUCAGGAGCAGACAUCGUCGAUGUUGUUGACCUUAGAGCCCAAAUUAUUGUUAGUGAUCCGCGCAGAUGGUUCCGGGACCACAAGUUGCUCGCUCUCGAAACAAAGCCGAAACGCGCCAAAGCAAAGGCGAGCGACACGAAAGAAACCAGUCCACUUCAUUGCAGAAAACCAAUUGUGUGUAUGUGCUUCAUACGGUUGGCGGCGACAGCGACACGUGCUUCGCAUCAACGCACCAAUUCGUCCUUAUGAGGUGCGUGAAGUGUUUCGGGAUGCUUCUUUGUCUCCCGCCCGCAUCUGCCCCAUGCCGCAGCCGUCGCCAUCGCCUUCGCCGCCGCCACCGCUCCUCCUCCUCCUACGACGUUGA